AUGAAUGACUUGGUAUUAGGUAAGAUGAAUAUGAUUGAAGGCGUAUCCGGUGAAUUGCAUUAUGAAGAGCAUAAAGAGUAUGUCUAUGAUACAACCUCUACGGCAACAUUAAAAGUACCCCAGGGCAAGUACCAAAGUGUUGUCACACAACGGGCCCGGGCACAUAUCGUCAAGCAUUCACCAUGUGAAUUCUCACUGAAGGUAUUUUCAUUAGUGAAGUAUUAA